CAGUUCAGUCGGGUGUCGGAAGCUCGUUCCAAACGGACGUGUUCUUCAGUCGGUGUCGAGUGGUGUUGAUUCUAAGUUCACGUGGUAUUAGUUGUAUGUGAUCAAAACCGUAAAACCCGUUGAGCAUGGGCUUUAUUUGAACCGUCAUUAAAAUAAGUUGUGAUAAAUCCAGGCUGUUAUUUACGAGUCGUUUGCAACUAAGGACCUAUCGUGGUCGAGUGAGCUAAAACUUCAGUCCAGGAUGAAUGGCAUCAACUCGUUCAACUGUGUACUGUUGAUUAUCGUUUGCGCGUUAUUCCGAGUCUACACUUCCGUUCACAUCACCAACCUGGAGGUACCGCGAACGUACAUCCUCGAGCGGGAGGAAUUUCUCACUGCCUUCUCUGCAGGACAUCGACAUCCGGUGCAGAUUCAAUCGGAGACUGGUAGCAGUAAUGAGUUUACUAGCUCAACAGUAUCAACAACAACAACUACUACUGCGGAUACAAAGUUCACUGCCGCAAGCAACAUUAGCAACAGUGGCGAUAGGGAACAUUCCCACGAGAUAAAACCACUGAUAAUGGACUGCCAGUAUGAGAUCAAGGCUAACGAGUGUGGCUUCGUGCUGAAAUGGUACUUCAACAGAAAGUUAAUCUACCAGUGGAUACCGGCGCGGUCUCCCGUCGGGAUGAACAAAUUCAAAAGCGAACUUCGGACCAAUUACUCGAUGUCGGAUUUGGCGAACUACAAGUACCGGGCCUUGGUCAUCCAGCAUCCGAAGUUGAACCACAGCGGCGAGUACAUGUGCUCGGUGCAAACGUAUGAAUCGUUCGAUCGAAAAGCAGCUCGAUUUCAAAUCGUCGUGCCGGAGAAGAUGCUGCUGCUUCACUACGAGAACGAUGCCGAAAAGGAGAACAUGCUCCUGAUCAAGUGUAGCGUUUUUAUGAUUUAUCCCGAGCCAAAUCUGGUAUUGGUGGUAAGCGGUGAUUUGCUACUGGUCAGCUCGCGUACCGUGGUCGUUUCGGAUCGACACCGGAUGUACAACAAAACAAUUUACGGUAUGAUCGACAAGCAUCUGCUGAUUUCUCCCACCUCGAUUGGCUGUAUUCUAACGGUGGCGGGAUCCAGCUACGUGCGGAAGCGCGAAACAAUCUAUUACGAUCCCACUCAGCUGACGAGAUGGAGCCGCCUGCGAAUGGACGAGCAAGGACGAUUCGAGAUUAGCGAUUGCUCGGGUCGUUCGAGCGUGUCAUCCGCGGUGACAGCAAUUGCGUUGUGUUUGGUCUGUCUAGGACGCUUUUAAUUGUGAUAUUUCAGUAGGAUCAAAUUAAUUUUCGU